AUGGACACAAGUGGCCACACAGGAGAUUCCUACUGUUUCAAUGGAGGGGGACCUGGCUGUUCCAGAGGUUUUGUAUCGUCAGACUCCACCAAGAAGCUCAAGGACGUCCUGGAGGAGUUCCAUGGGGACGGCGUCCUUGCCAGGUACAACCCAGAGCAGCCUAUCGACUAUGAGGGCUUUUAUCUCUUCAUGAAGACCUACCUGGAGGUGGACGUGCCUGAGGAGCUCUGCCAACAUCUCUUCAUGUCCUUCAAGCGCAAGAUAAGCCCAGCGUCCACCGAGGCCCAGCGCCAGAGCCCCGGUGUGUCACCACCCAACGCGCUGGGGAUCAAUGGGAAAACGCUUCUAAGCGCCUUGGGACGCCACACUCCUGAGGCCAAGAGCUCCCACGGCCAUGCAGUGGAGCCACAGCCAGCAUCCCUGACCCCAGCAUCAAUAGCCAAUGCCUCUCCCAGCUGGUCCAGGUCAUCCUCGCAGAAAUCCACCGCCGGCACCCUAUCUGCUCACAACUCCUCAGGGUCUUCCAAGAUCUCCUCCGGCUCGCUGCUCAGCCCUCAGUCACCAGGCUCAAAGAGCUUGGAGAAGAGGUUGCCCUUCAGCCUCCGGAAGAGCCACAACUCCCUGCGAGCUGCCGCUCCGCAUCCCCCGGCACCCCUGGCUCAGGUGGUCUACCUGAAGGACAUCGUCUGCUACCUCUCGCUGCUGGAGAGGGGACGGGCAGAAGACAAGCUGGAAUUUAUGUUUCGCCUUUAUGACACAGAUGGAAAUGGCCUCCUGGACAGCUCGGAGCUGGAUCGUAUCAUCAACCAGAUGGUGCAUGUGGCUGAGUACCUGGAGUGGGACUCCACAGAGCUGAAGCCGAUCUUGAAAGCCAUGAUGGAGGAGAUAGACUACGACCACGAUGGGAACGUGACGCUGGAGGAAUGGAUCCGGGGCGGCAUGACCACCAUCCCCUUGCUGGUCCUCUUGGGCAUGGAGACGAACGUGAAGGACGACGGGCAGCACGCCUGGAGGCUGAAGCACUUCAAGAAACCGGCCUACUGCAACUUCUGCCGCACCAUGCUGCUGGGCGUGCGCAAGCAGGGCCUCUGCUGCUCCUUCUGUAAAUACACUGUCCACGAGAGGUGCGUGUCCAAAGACAUCGCCUCGUGCAUCAGCACCUACGUGAAAUCCAAGAGAAACACAAAUGUGAUGCAGCACACCUGGAUCGAGGGCAAUUCCCCCGUCAAGUGUGACCGGUGCCACAAGAGCAUCAAGUGCUACCAGGGCAUCACCGGCCUGCACUGCGUCUGGUGCCAAAUCACUCUUCACAACAAAUGUGCCUCGCACGUGAAGCCCGAGUGCGACGGGGGCGCCUUGCGGGACCACAUCCUGCUGCCGUCCUACAUCUGCCCCGUGGUGCUGGACAGGCAGUCCCAUUCCAGGAAAUCGGAGAGCGACUCUCCCGCCAGCACCAGCCCCGAGGACAACAACCCCUUCAAGCUGAACGCGGGGGUGGCGGCGGACGGGCAAGGGCUGCAGAUCAGCGCCCGGCCCGGCACGCACCCCCUGCUCGUGUUCGUGAACCCCAAGAGCGGAGGAAGGCAGGGAGAGAGGGUCCUCCGGAAAUUCCACUACCUGCUCAACCCCCGGCAAGUGUACAACCUGGACCGUGGAGGGCCCGCUCCGGGGCUGAGUUUUUUCCGGGACACCCCCGAUUUCCGCAUCCUGGCUUGCGGAGGGGACGGCACCGUGGGCUGGAUCUUGGACUGUAUUGACAAGGCCAACCUGCUGAAGCACCCGCCGGUGGCCGUCCUGCCGCUGGGGACCGGCAACGACCUCGCCAGGUGCCUGCGCUGGGGAGGAGGUUAUGAGGGAGGCAACCUGAUGAAAGUGCUGAAGGACAUCGAGCACAGCACUGAAGUGAUGCUGGACCGCUGGCAGAUAGAUGUCAUCCCCAGUGACAAAGAGGCCCAAGGGGACCCUGUCCCGUACAGCAUCAUCAACAACUACUUCUCGAUAGGGGUGGACGCCUCCAUCGCCCACCGCUUCCACAUGAUGAGAGAAAAGCACCCAGAGAAGUUCAACAGCAGGAUGAAGAACAAGCUGUGGUACUUCGAAUUCGGCACGUCCGAGACCUUCGCGGCCACCUGCAAGAAGCUCCACGACUACGUUGAGGUGGAGUGUGACGGGACCCUGCUGGACCUGAGCAAUGCUUCCCUGGAGGGCAUCGCCGUCCUCAACAUCCCCAGCAUGUACGGAGGCUCCAACCUCUGGGGCGAAACCAAGAAGCAGCGCAGCUACAGCCGCCUGGGCAAGAAGGGCCCCGAGAAGCUGCCCUCGACGGUGGUCACCGACGCGAAGGAGCUCAAGCUCUGCGUGCAAGACCUCAGCGACCACCUCCUGGAGGUGGUGGGGCUGGAGGGCGCGAUGGAGAUGGGGCAGAUCUACACGGGACUCAAGAGCGCCGGCAAGAGGCUGGCCCAGUGCUCGUCAGUCACCAUCAGGACCUCCAAACUGCUGCCCAUGCAGGUGGACGGCGAGCCCUGGAUGCAGCCGUCUUGCACGGUCAAGAUUACGCACAAAAGCCAAGUGCCGAUGCUGCUGGGCCCUCCGCAGAAGAGCAGCUUCUUCUUCCUCAAGAGGAGGACCCGAAGCCGCGACUGA